GGGAUGAAGAAAUAUUAUAUAGAAGAAAUUAAAUUGACAAAUUAAAAGAAAUUGUUUUAAAUAAUCAUUUGGUUACAAAUUGGUGAUCCACAACGAAGAUCUAUCGAGAAAAUUGGGACGAAUUUAUUUCGAAUUUGAAGGAACAUUGUUUGAAAAUAUAUUACAUGUUGAUGGGUGAGAUUCGUGAAAAUUCGUGGUGCCUCGGUUAUUUUCAACAAAACUCCACGUGUUGAAAGUGGGGGGUGUGUUUAUUAACGGACGAGUGAUCGCGUGUGUUGCAAGCAUGUGAGUAAAUGGCCGUGGAAGGAUUAGUCGAACGACCUACUAUGGGCAUCUGCCUGGACACUGACCAACAAAAUGGAUCGCAGGUGUUCGAGGAUGCCGAUGCUCGAAGUACAGGAAGAUGGCGAGGAGAAACUGGUUUGUUGGCGACUCCGCCUGACGGACGUUUCACGAAACAAAAUGUGGGUCCGCUUAAGUUCGAAAUGCCGAAGGUUCCGGUCAUUUUUGUACUCGGUGGUCCAGGUAGUGGUAAGGUAACACACUGUGAUAAUCUGAUGCAGGAGAGAAAAGGCAUAACUCAUAUCAACAUGAUGGACCUUCUUCAACAAUAUGCACUUGGAAACGAUAUGCAAGAUUUCGGUCAACUAAGCAGUAAAACGGUAUCGGAAGUACUCAUGUUGGAAAUGAAAAUGUCUCCAGAGGCCAAAGUUUUUCUCGUCAGUGGAUAUCCGCGAAAUAUGCGGGACGUAGUUGAAUAUGCUGAAAAGAUAAAAAUCGUCAACGGUGUUAUACUUGUCUCAUGGAGACAGGAAGUUCUCGAAAGACAAAUCGAUUUUGGUGCUCAACUUGGUCAUGUAAUUAUCGGAUUAGCUAGAAUGGAAUUACACAAUUUUUACAGAAACGUUAUGCCAGUUGUGGAAUACUUCGAUCAAAGUGGCAUGCUUUAUGAGGUAAACGGUGAACGAAACCCCAAUGAAGUUUUUAUUGAUUUUCGAGAAGCUGUUAUGAGAAUUUUAGGAUUACCAACAACAGACGAGGAAGAUAAGAAAAUAGUUCAACCGUUAGAAGCAGAAGUAAAAGUAGAAAGGAGAGAAGAAACAAUUUCUAGAACACCAACGCCAAAAGAUCAAGUAGUUGUAGUUGAAAUGACCGAACCACCAACUGAAAUAGACACCAAAGCAUCUAAAACUGCAGUUAAACCUAGAAAAGGUUUACCAGCAUUUAUAUGGGUCAUAGGUGGACCUGGUAGUAAUAAAGCAGUUUUGUGUAGUCACGCGGUUCAAAAUAUGCCAGGAUGGGUUCAUAUUAGUCUAGGUGGAUUGUUAAGAGGAUUGGCAUCAACAAAUCCGACUGUCAGUGAAGCAAUAGUAGCUGGUGAAAUGGUGUCUCAAGAUGUCAUAAUGCCAUUGGUCGAACAACAAGUACUUUUGAACCGUGAUACUGAUGGUAUAGUCAUCGAUGGAUAUCCCAGGGAUUUGAAUCAAGUUCAGGAAUUUGAGAACAAAUUUGGACAAGAACCACCAUUAAUAUUGUUGGAUUGUUCGAAACUUCAACUCGGUAAAGGAAGAUUAGAUGACAGUGUAUCAGCUUUUAGAAAAAGAUUAGAACUAUUUCGUGAAAUGUCGUUGCCCAUGUUGAAAACAUUGGACAAUGAUAAUCGAUUAGUGAUCAUUGACGGUGACACGGACGUGCCAAGUGUAAAAGAAGAUUUCUCCCAAGCAUUGUAUCAACUAAUGCGACGUGCUAGAAGAAAGGAGGAAGACAACCCACGUGGACCAGAAUCGCCAAAGUUUCAAGAAAACGUCGACAACGUAGACCCAAACUUACCAGUUUCCGGUGACAUGAAUGGGACCCAGGACGUAGAAGGACAGAAACAUCAUGGUCAUAAUAUUGCAAAUGGUGUUGCAAGGCAAAUGCUCAACAAUGGUGUAUCUGAUCAAGUGAGCAAGACGAUAGAUAAAGUGGAAAACUUAAAUGGCGUCGUAGUUCAAGGAGUCACCAACAUGACUAAUGGAGUACUGAACAACGCAAAGAAGAUGAAUCAAAAUGGUGGCCUACGACAAAAUGGAAUAACCAAUGGAACGACGCAUAUGUUGCAAAAUGGCGUUGCGCAUUUAGCCAAUGGUAUAAUUCCAGGUAACAAUAAGGUAGCACCGAGUAUACCAAAUUAUUUACCUAACAAUACGAAAGAUCCUUUGAGAAAAAUGUACAACGAGGUUGAAGGAUAUCAAGAAAAUCUCCAUAUAUAACGUUAUGAAUAAUAGAUGAAAUAUAUUAAUUACAUUUCUAAAUAAUAGUUUAUAGUAUAUAGAUAAGACUUUCUUUUUUUAUAUAUAUAUAUAAUAUAAUAGAUAUAUAUAUUUAAUUUAAUUGAAUUCAACGAUACUCGCAUUAAUUCAUAAAGAAAUCGAUUAACCUCAAAAUCCUAUCGGUUUACGUGCCUUAAAACAUGACAACUAAAUUUUUUUAGAUAAAUUAAUAAUCCUAUGAGAUAUUAUUAGUAAGUACGUGGCUUUUUAUACGCACUGAUAAUAUGUAAAUAAGAUUUAUAAGUGAUCAAUAAGUUACCCUAAAAAAAAUAACUAAACAAAAACACAUAUCUAUUGGGUUGUUCGAAAAGUUCGUGCUGAUUUUCGAUAGAUGGCAUAAAGUUUUUUUUUUUACUGAAAAACCUGAGAAGUUCUGGAAGAAGAAAAUUUGUAAGUUACUCUUUAAGAUGAAGAAAGGUUGUUGAACAAAAUGACACUUAUAUAUUAUUUAACAAAUAUAAAAAAAACUUAAAUGCGUUGCAUUUCAAUCUUCCGUCAAA